UCAUUACACCUCAUUUGAUGGCAAAAGAUUUAACUUCAUGGGAGAUUGUGAAUACGACUUUGCUAAAGAUUGCAGCGAAAACAAACUUUUUACAGUCCGCACUAAAAAUACGCGAUGUGGGAGGUUUGUCACUUGUACAGCGGCUGUUAAGAUCUAUAUAGCUGGUUACUUCAUUCAGUUCACACGUCAGAGACGUUCCGCAGUUGUAAACGGAGUUAGGCUUUCACAAUUUCCAAUAGUUCGUCCCGGAUUUAAAAUCACCAAUCCCAGUGGAAGUUGGCUGGUUUUUACUUCUAAUAUCGGAAUGUCGACGAGUUGGAACAGUAGGACAUACGUCAAAGUCACCGUUUCAGGAAAAUACAAGGGAAAAAUUUGCAGCACAUCUCUAUGUGGCAACAACAAUGGUCGUCGAGAUGAUGACAAUCAAUACAGUACAAAAUGUUCCCUGCCACCUCAAACAUGUUUCCCUGACACCAAAAAGAAAGCUGUAAUAGAUAAAUGCCACUUGAUGUCCGAUACUUCAUCUCCAUUCCACAAAGCAUGCAACCGUUAUGUUGAUCCAGCCGCCUUGAUCAGUAACUGUAAAUAUGACGCAUGUCGCUGCACAGAUCCAAUGAAAUGUGUUUGUAACGCUUUUGCUGCUUACAGUAAACUUUGUGUUGAAUAUGGCGGUGUAAUUGACUGGAGAUUCAAAGGAACUUAUUUAUAUCCAAAACUCAAAGAAUGUGAAAAAACAUGCAGUAACAAAGGAGAAAUUUUCACAGAAUGCGGAUCUGCUUGUGCAAAAACAUGUCGUGAUAUAUCACGUGGUUUAAAAUGCAGUGAAAGAUGCAUUCCUGGAUGCCAGUGUCCAAAAGGAUCUUACUUGGACGACAAGAAUCAUUGUGUUCCUAUGAAGAAAUGCCCAUGUUUCUUUGAAGGAAUUUAUUACAAGGCGGGUGAAAGUGUGAAAGUUGGACGUUGUAAAACCUGUACGUGUAAUAUGGGAGCUAUGGCGUGUGUGGAAGACCGAAAAUGCUCCUCCAAAGGUCCUUGUGAGUCUUUUCCAUGCAAAAAUGAUGGUGUUUGUUCUGAGAAAGGAAAUACAUUCUCUUGUAAAUGUAAAAAGGGAUUUCAAGGCAAAACUUGUGAAGAGUUAACACCAACACCUUGCGACUCGCGUCCAUGUAAAAACGACGGUAUUUGCACAAACAAUGGAGAUAAAUUCACGUGUGAAUGUGCUUCUGGUUUUAAAGGCAAAACAUGUGAAGUUGGAGUUUGUGAUCAUAGUCCUUGUAAGAAUGGUGGUUCGUGUGUUGUUGAUGGUAGUUCAUACAAAUGUACAUGCCCUCCAGACUUUAUUGGUAUUCAUUGUGAAACAAAAGUUCCAAAUCCUUGUGAGCCAAAUCCAUGUAAAAAUGGUGGACAAUGCAACAUUUUGGGUAACAGCUACACAUGUAAAUGCAAACCUGCUUUUGGCGGAAACAACUGCGAAUAUUCACAAUCAACAUGCAUUGCAUCUGGGGAUCCGCAUUACACCUCAUUUGAUGGCAAAAGAUUUAACUUCAUGGGAGAUUGUGAAUACGACUUUGCUAAAGAUUGCAGCGAAAACAAACUUUUUACAGUCCGCACUAAAAAUACACGUUGUGGGAGGCGUGUCACUUGUACAGCGGCUGUUAAGAUCUAUAUAGCUGGUUACUUCAUUCAGUUCACACGUCAGAGACGUUCCGCAGUUGUAAACGGAGUUAGGCUUUCACAAUUUCCAAUAGUUCGUCCUGGAUUUAAAAUCACCAAUCCCAGUGGGAGUUGGCUGGUUUUUACUGCUGACAUCGGAAUGUCGACGAGUUGGAACAGUAGGACAUACGUCAAAGUCACCGUUUCAGGAAAAUACAAGGGAAAGAUUUGCAGCACCUCUCUAUGUGGCAACAACAAUGGUCGUCGAGAUGAUGACAAUCAAUACAGCAGAAAAUGUGCGUCAUCAUCUCAACCAUGUAUCAUUGCUUCCCAGAAGAAAGCUGUAAUAGAUAAAUGUCACUUGAUGAGCGAUGCUUCAUCUCCAUUCCACAAAGCGUGCAACCGUUAUGUUGAUCCAGCCGCCUUGAUCAGUAAUUGUAAAUAUGACGCAUGUCGCUGCACAGAUCCAAUGAAAUGUGUUUGUAACGCUUUUGCUGCUUACAGUAAACUUUGUGUUGAAUAUGGUGGUGUUAUUGACUGGAGAUUUAAUGGAACUUAUUUAUAUCCAAAACUCAAAGAAUGUGAAAAAACAUGCAGUAACAAAGGAGAAAUUUUCACAGAAUGCGGAUCUGCUUGUGCAAAACAUGUCGUGAUAUAUCACUGUCCAAAAGGAUCUUACUUGGACGAGAAGAAUCAUUGCGUUCCUAUGAAGGAAUGCCCAUGUUUCUUUGAAGGAAAUUAUUACAAGGCGGGUGAAAGUCCUUGUGAAUCGUUCCCAUGCAAAAAUGAUGGUGGUUGUCUUGAAGAAGGAGAUACAUUCUCUUGUAUUUGUAUCAAUGGGUAUCAUGGCAAAACUUGUGAAGAGUUACCACCAACACCAUGUGACUCUCGUCCUUGUAAAAACAACGGUAUCUGUUCAAUUAAUGGAGAUACAUUUUCGUGUGAAUGUGCUGUUGGUUUUGAAGGCAACACUUGUGAAGUUACGAAUGCAUGUGCAAAAGGACCUUGUAAGAAUGAAGGUGUUUGUACAAUUGUUGGAUCUUCUUAUAAAUGUGAAUGUAAAUAUGGUUUCACUGGAAAGAAUUGCGAGGUUGGAGUUUGUGAUCAUAGUCCUUGUAAGAAUGGUGGUUCGUGUGUUGUUGAUGGUAGUUCAUACAAAUGUACAUGCCCUCCAGACUUUAUUGGUAUUCACUGUGAAACAAAAGUUCCAAAUCCUUGUGAGCCAAAUCCAUGUAAAAAUGGUGGACAAUGCAACAUUUUGGGUAACAGCUACACAUGUAAAUGCAAACCUGCUUUUGGCGGAAACAACUGCGAAUAUUCACAAUCAACAUGCAUUGCAUCUGGGGAUCCUCAUUACACCUCAUUUGAUGGCAAAAGAUUUAACUUCAUGGGAGAUUGUGAAUACGACUUUGCUAAAGAUUGCAGCGAAAACAAACUUUUUACAGUCCGCACUAAAAAUACGUUGUGGGAGGCGUGUCACUUGUACAGCGGCUGUUAA